AUGAGAGGUCGUUGUAAACAGCUUAGCGAAAAUGCCCAAAAGUGGGUUGGUGCCUAUCAGGAAGCAUAUCGUCGAAAAAGAAGUGGAAUGAGCGAGAGAGAUAUUGAGAACGAAGCUCAUAAACAUUAUGAGGCAAAGGGGAAUGGAAAGUUUAACGAUUUAGUUGUUUUUAAUGAAGUUAUGUGUAAAAUUCCGAAGUGGGCUUUACAAAAAGAUUGUAGCACAACACGUUCACAUCAUGCAUGUGAGGAGGAUAAUGAAGAAAGUGGUAGCAGCACAAAAAUAUCAAAGACUACUGAAGAAAGGGACUACUCCAACCCGGAGACGCCAAGUAAUGGUGGUACAACAAUUCAACGUCCAACGGGUAGUGAUGCGGCUAAAAGAAAAGGAAAAGGUAAGGUUUCUAAUGAUUACAUGCAUUGA